AUGGUGGCUCUUUAUUCGGAUAGACUUCCAGAUCUGAACUGGUUUCUUAGCAUAGCAGCUUCACCUGGUUCUCCAACGUUACUGGCUCCAAAAAAGAGGUCCAUUGGCUUCUCAAGAAAACAGCAACGCCGAUCAUGUCAGCAGAUACAACACAUGGCCGACCAAUCCGAGAAAAUCGAUUACCAUGCCACAAAUAUGAAACCUCCGUUGAGCUAUGCCCAGCUGAUAAUUGAUGCUAUGGCUGAACGUAAGAAUUCUAUUCGCCACAAUUUAUCAUGCAAUCAACUAUUCAAAAGGAUACCCAGACAGAAUGGCGAGAAAGGAAAGGGUUCAUACUGGACAAUCAAUGAGGCUGGCAGUAACACUUCAAACUUUUCAAAUAAAAAGACCAAAUUAAAAGCUAACGAUGUGGAGGAUGGCACUACGAAACCAACCUCUCGUGUGAAUUCUGCUGUACUGCAGUACAUGGAUUCUAUUCGAAAUCGACAUAAACCUAUCGCUCCUCAAGACGAAAACAGUUCACCAGUAGGUUCUUCUGUGCAAUUGGACCUCUUUGAUUGCUCUGUUGCUGACGUUGGAUCUUCGUCAAACGAUCAAGGCAUCACUUCCGAAUACAAUUGGCAGGGUGAACUCUCAUCUUAUGAUCUUGAAGGUUUUCCGAUUGAACCGUUUGUGAGUCAAUUCGAAGAAUUUCAUUGUGGUAGCAUUGACAUCGAUCCAAACACACCACCACAAUGGCAGGACGUCGACCAGUACUACGAUGAACUGAUGCGAUUAGAGAGCGAGGAACAUUUAUAG